ACUAUUCUGGGAUAGACAAAGUAAUGUCCAAUACCAUGGACACAAGAUUCAAACCCUAUAAAGUCAUUAAGCAUGCUAUGAAUGUGAGUGAGUUUUGUUGGUUUCAAGCAAUUGCUUCAUCAUCUUCAAAAGUAAAAGCUUUUGUAAUACCCAAGAAACAGUGAGUGAAGGAAAACUGCCUGCAAGUGGUGUUUGAAGGUCAGUUCUCGAGAAAUCCAAGAAUAUGGUUGCUACCAAGCUCUUUAUAUUCUUAAUUAUUGCAAUAAGUUGCUUCAGAUUACUCAGAUUUACUGAGUCGAAGGUAGUUCAAGAAGAAGUUGAUGCUCUCCAAGAAAUCUCAAGUACACUGGGUUCAAAAUAUUGGAAGCUCAAUGCUGAUAACUGCGAACUUGAAAUGGUUGGGUUAACACUAGAGCCGCCAAAGAAUUCUGAGCACGGCAUAGUUUGUGAAUGCCUUGAUCAGAACAACACUGAUUGUCAUGUUGUGAAAGUAAUGCUCAAGAAUUAUAAUCUUCCUGGAAUUCUUCCACCUCAAUUGGUUAAGCUUCCUUAUCUGAAGGAAAUCGAUUUGUCUUACAACUAUCUCAAUGGUACAAUACCGCAUGAAUGGGCCUCCAUGCAUUUGAAUUUUAUCUCUCUUCUUGUAAAUCGCUUAUCAGGGGAAAUUCCAAGGGUGUUGGGGAAUAUUACCACUCUUACAUACCUGUGCCUUGAAGCGAACCAAUUUUCUGGCAAUAUUCCUUCUGAGCUAGGGAGAUUAAAUAAUUUGCAGACUUUGAUGCUUUCGUCCAAUCAAUUGACCGGAAAGUUGCCAGCCUCGUUAUCCAAGCUAAGAAACCUUACAGAUUUUAGGAUAAAUGAUAACAACUUCGAGGGGACAAUACCUAAUUUCCUUCAGAACUGGAAACAGCUAAACAGAUUAGAAAUUCAGGCAAGUGGACUGGAGGGACCUAUUCCAUCAAGCAUUUCUCUUUUGAAUCAGAUACUUGAAUUGAAGAUUACUGACAUUAAAGGGCCAAUUCAGGAUUUCCCCACACUUAAAAACGUGACGGGCAUAGAAAAAUUGGUGUUAAGGCAUUGUAACAUUUCAGGAGAGAUUCCUACUUACAUCUGGACAAUGAAAAAUCUGCAGCUAUUGGAUGUCAGUUUCAACAAGUUAGUUGGGAAAAUUCCGUCUACCAUAAGUGCAGAGGGUUUGAGAUUCGUAUUUUUAAGUGGCAACUUGCUGAGUGGAGAUGUACCAGAAUCUAUCUUGAAGGACAAAAGUAAUGUAGAUCUCUCAUAUAAUAACUUCACAAUGCAACGUCCUUAUCACCAGGCUUGUCGGGAAAACAUGAAUCUGAACCUGAACUUAUUUCGAAGUUCGUCAGUGGAGAAAAACUCAAUGCAGGCUCUUCCAUGCCUGGAAACUUUCAAGUGCCCACAGUAUUCAAACUGUUUGCAUAUUAAUUGUGGUGGAAAGGAUGCAACUGUAAAGGAAACUGGAAAAAACGUAUUGUAUGAAGGAGAUGGACAAGUUGAAGGUGGCACAGCAAAAUAUUAUUUAAAUGGCAAAACUUACUGGGGAUUUAGUAGCACUGGAGACUUCAUGGAUGAUAACGAUUACCAAAAUACACGCUAUACUGUAUUUCUGCUGUCUGCAAACAUCUCCGAAUUGUAUCUUACUGCUCGCAUAUCACCGAUUUCCCUGACAUAUUUUCAUUAUUGUAUGGAAAAUGGGAACUACACAGUAAAUCUCCACUUUGCAGAGAUAAAAUUCACUAAUGACAAAACAUAUAGCAGCCUUGGAAGGCGCAUCUUUGACGUUUUUGUUCAGGAAAAGUUGGUGCUGAAGGAUUUCAAUAUAGAAGAUGAGGCAGGUGGUGCUCAAAAGCCUUUAGUGAAAAAAAUAUCAAAUGUCCAUGUGACCAACAAGAUGUUAGAGAUCCGAUUCUAUUGGGCUGGCAAAGGGACAACGAGAAUUCCUUAUAGAGGGGUUUAUGGUCCCAUAAUAUCAGCAAUUUCUGUGGUUUCUGAUUUUAAAGUUUGUUCAAACACCAAAAGCAAGGGAAGUCCUCUGUACAUCAUCGUAGGAGUUGGAGCAGCAUGCUUUGUCUUUAUUGUAUUGGGAAUUCUUUUGUGGAAUCGCCUUGUACAAGGAAAAUGGAAGAAAAGAAAAGAGGGAUCAGAAUUGCCAACUGGGACUUUUACCUUGAAACAAAUCAGAGCUGCCACUGAUGACUUCAAUUCUUCAAACAAGAUUGGAGAAGGUGGUUUUGGCCCUGUUUACAAGGGUCUUAUGUUUGAUGGUACAGUUGUGGCAGUGAAGCAACUCUCAUCUAAAUCACGGCAAGGAAAUCGGGAGUUUUUGAAUGAGAUAGGCAUAAUUUCCUGUUUGCACCACCCAAAUCUAGUGACGCUUCACGGAUUUUGCGUUGAAGAGGAUCAAUUAUUGCUGGUAUAUGAGUACAUGGAAAAUAAUAGCCUAGCCCGAGCUUUGUUUGGUCCUGCUAACCUUCCACUUCAACUGGACUGGCCUACAAGGCUAAAGAUAUGUAUUGGGAUAGCCAGAGGACUUGCUUUCCUGCAUGAAGAAUCAAGACUCAAAAUUGUUCACAGAGACAUCAAAGCUACUAAUGUGCUGUUGGAUAGGGACUUGAAUCCUAAAAUAUCUGAUUUUGGAUUGGCUAGGCUUGACGAAGACGAGAAUACCCAUGUCAGUACCCGAGUUGCUGGAACUAUAGGAUAUAUGGCACCGGAAUAUGCAUUAUGGGGACACCUAAGCCAGAAAGCAGACGUCUACAGUUUCGGAGUCUUGGCGUUGGAAAUUGUUACUGGGAAGAGCAACACCAGUUUCCUUCCAACUGAAGAUUUUGUUUGUAUUUUAGACUGGGCUUGCCAUUUGCAGCACAGUGGAAAUAUUUUGGAGCUUGUUGAUGAGAAAUUGAGGUCUGAGGUAAACAAAGAAGAAGCUCAUAUUAUGGUUAAAGUAGCCCUCUUGUGCACGAAUGCAUCAUCGACAAUUAGACCUACAAUGUCUGAGGUCGUAAGCAUGCUCGAAGGAGAAAUGUCUGUCCCAGACGUGAUUCCAGAUUCAAGCAAUUACAUGGAAGAUUUGAGGUUUAAUACCAUAAGGGACCUACGACAAGAGAGGCCACCUCAAAGUUCAAGCGGUAGCCAAACACAAAAUUCAACUGCAGUUAACAUCUCUGGCACUAUGUCUACAUUUGAUCAAGACACUUACGGGAUCAACUCGGAAUCGAGACCUGGAUCACUGUGUGGUGGUGGUGGUGGUAGUGUUCCUUGAAAAUUUACUUCAUCUUCCAUACCAAAAUUUUGGGUAUUUUUUGCAACUUUAAAUUUGAAGGGAUUGAAGCAUCAUAUUUUGUUGAAGGGUGCGUUGACGUUAUGUAUAUAUCAAGGCAUAAAUUUUCACGGGUUGGUGGAAGGGAAUAGCUAGCUAGGCUGUAGUUUUGUACAAAAACUAUUCAUACAAGAUUCUUUAUGUUUUCUGCAAGAGUUUUCUAGGAAAAUGACCCAAGUAAUGGAUUCAAACACUAGUUUAUGACCACUCAAGUGCUCAACAAUGUUGUUGUAAUGUUAUUUUCAAUACUGUAACUUUAGCUGAAAUCAACUUUCUGUGCUUAGGUUGUUGUU